AUGUCGCCAGCAACGGUUCAAGUCAAUUCCUCCUCUAAACUCCCAUCCCCCGGAUUCAACGCCGGCGCUCGACCAUAUCGAUCUCACAAGGUCCGCGCCUGUGACCUGUGUCGCAAGCGCAAAUCGCGAUGCACCGUUGAUAUCCCCGGUCAAUCGUGCCUUCUGUGUCGCGUGCAGGGGGCCGACUGCCACUAUCAAGAAGAAGCUAAUGCGGAUGUUUCCUUGUUGAAUGCACCGGAUACAAAACCGUGGCAAGGGCCUCAAGUUUCAGAUGCUCUUCCGGGACAGAAGCGCAAGCGCAGUCCCGAUGGACCAACGCACCCGACUCAGAAUAUCCCGGCCCGUCAACCAAUCAACGGGCCCAGUCCUCAUGGAACGACGUCGUCGGGUGGUCGCCGAGGAAGCGAUUCGCGGCGCAAAGACUUGGAUGAUCCUCAGAAUGAGUCUGUUCUUAUUGUUGGACCUAUGGUUGCAGAAGAUGCACAAGUAAUUGAGAAGCAUAUGCCCCCGGAGCGGGCCAGUCAAUCGGAAGAACCCAAGAGUCACCCAUACAACAUCUACUCGAGCGACCCACGGAAGCCAGUUCUCUACACCACAAUUUCACGGCGGAGGAAGGGCAUGCGGGUCGGAACUCCUCCCGGCGAGAAUCAAAAGGAAGUAUUGGAACAAAUCCUAGGACCGUUCAAACACGAUCUAGUGAGACUCUUCAUUGACCGCUUCAAUGUUUCAUUCCCCAUAUUUGACGGUGAAUCAUUUUGGGAGUCCUACAUUGCCGAAGAUCUACACGACCCUCCCGCUGCGCUAGUAUGCCAGGUCUAUUCGAUGUCCCUGGUAUAUUGGCAACAUACCCCCAAACUAGCCUGCCACCCGAAACCUGAUGUUCGGUAUGCGGUGAACAUGACCGUCGCCGCAUUACAUGAGGACUUCUCAGCCCCCGGCUUAUCAACUAUCAGCGCCGCGCUUAUCGACCUGACAGGACGACCCAUCUUCUCGAUGACCGGAAACGCCGUCAGUUGUGGCCGGAUGCUGUCUUUGGCAAACUGUCUUGGCUUGAAUCGCGAUCCUAGCAAUUGGAAACUUUCCCAGGCAGAGAAGGACCAGAGGAUUCGUCUUUGGUGGGGAGUAGUCAUUCACGAUCGUUGGGGAAGUUUUGGUCAUGGUGUACCGCCUCAGAUUUCCAAGAACCAAUACGAUGUGCCUUUACCGACUGUGGAUGUUAUAGUCCCAUCACACGUCCGCUCCACAGAGCGCGUGAGAGCAGCGCAUUGCCACAUCUAUCUUUGCCGAUUGACGGAGACCUUGGGCGAGCUAUUACCACUGGUCUAUGGCUUGCAACAUAAGCCAGCGCGCGAGACAUCUAAGAAGCUGAGACAGAUCCGGACAGAUCUCGAUAUGUGGGAAGACUCAUUGCCAACCUGGUUGAGAGGGCCAGCAGUGCAUCCUGGGGAGCGUAUCUACGGAGCAAGCAGUUUACAACUUGCUUUCUUGGCUGUCAAAAUGCUUGUCAGCCGCGUUGAGCUGAAUGAGGUCAACAAUGCUGAAACAGAUAACCCGGAGGCCCGCCGUUAUUUCCAGACAGAAUGCAGAAGGUCUGCAGAGGAAAUUGUUGGGUUCAUGACCUCACUGCGAACAGAUAACUUCAAAGAGUUCUGGUUACCUUACAGUGCCUUCCACCUCACAUCGACAGCCACUUUAUUGGUUCGCUGUGCAUUCGAAACCACCGACAGCGAGGUUGCACGAUCAUGUCUCGCCAAUGUCGAGACCCUGCGCACAGUCUUGCGUCGCGUACGGGAAGAAGAAGACUGGGAUGUAGCAGACAUGUGUCUCGACCACUGCGAACGCAUCAUGCACCGACUUCCCGGAACUGGCGCUACAAUGGAUCAAGCCUUCACGAACAGCAUGGCAGAUAAUGGGCUGGUCAACCCAGCCGCAAUUUCACUGCCAGAGACACAAACAAACAACGACAUCGUCGACGAUAUGAUGUCGAUCUCUAAUACCUUCGGAACAAUGGAUGGUUUCCCCUUCGAUAUGACAGGAAUCUGGGAUGUCUCCGUUUUCCAAGAUGUGAAUCUGACGUGA